AUGCGUCUCGCUACCACCGUUAUUGCCGCUCUGGCCGCGACUCUGCUGAACCCCGUUGAGGGGUCGUUUUUGAUAAAGAAGAAAAGCCCCCCUUGGAAUAGCAAGAGACUCCGCAAAGAAGCCGUGAACUACGCUGAUGUCCAUGAGCCGGCGAAGGACUCACGAGAUGAACUUGAGAAAUAUUACCUCCGGGGCAAGCAUAAGGAGACUACCGAGGAGCCGGUGAAAUUACUUAGUUAUCGCAAUCUUGACGGCACUCCAGUGAAGAAGACGUAG